AUCUCGACUCACCAAAACGCCGGACGCUCGCGCUUGCGCGCUGUCGCGCUGGUAAUUGCGGGACGCUGGCCGUACUGGCGAUACACGUGUAGCAACGCCUGCGACGUGACGAGGCGCUCGGCGCGGCUCCGGUAGGCUAUUUCGGCCACCGCCUGUUCACGCGUGCGCUUACGCGACGCGCCGCGACGCCGCGGACCGCCGCCGCGCGUGGCCGCCGCGAGACGCCCGGCGCCGCACAAAGCAACGCGCCGCGCCGCUCCUGAAAAAAAAAUUAGCGCGGGCGCUUGACAACGCGGCGACACCAUGAACCCAUGGGGCCAGCCCCAGCAACCCUACAACCCGGCCAUGGCCGCCUACUACCAGCAACAACAACAAGCGGCCUACGGCGCCUACCCGCAGCAGCAGUACCAAGCGCAGCCGCAGUAUCAACCAGUCCCGGGCUACCCGCCGCAGCCGCAGUACCCCUACGCGCAGCCCGGGUAUGCCUAUCCGCCGCAGCAGACGUAUGGGGCCGCCCCUGCUUAUUACCCGCAGCCCGUGGUACCAGCAGCACCGGUCGCCGCGCCGCCGGCGCCACCCGCGCCUGCCCCAGCACCAGUAGCUGUGGAAUUACCAGAGGGAGCCAAAGCCCCCAUGAACGUGUUUGUGGGCAAAUUACCGUUAGACGUCCACGAAUCGUGUGUCGAAGCGCUACUCAAGCAGUGCGGCGGCGUGCUCAAGUGGAAGCGAUCGGUCGGUGAUAAUAAUGUUCCCAAGGCGUUUGGGUUUUGCACCUUUAGCGAUGCGCAAGGCGCUCUAGCUGCCGUGGAGCUGCUGAAUGAAUUCGACUUGAAAGGGCAAAAAAUACAAGUGAAGACGGGCCAGAAGGAGCAGGCUAUCCUUGAUGACUUGAUCACGAAGCGGCGCGCUUUGACGUCGGCGGCCACGCAGACGUAUUCAUCGCCUCCUGGGGGGGUCCAACGGACUCCCGCCGACGAGGAGAAAUUAUCAAGGCUGCGUACUUUUGUAUCGACUAUAGAUACGACGAAGCCCGUGCCUGCGGCUGCCCUCGCGUCAUUAAUGCCGAACGCGCCCGCACCGGGCUCCAAAGAACAAAUGAUCGCCGAGGAGAUGGAGAAGUUCCGCGAGAAACAAGCGCAACGCGACAAGGAGCUCGAGGACGAGCGCCGACGGAAGCUCCAGGCCAAGGUCCAGGAAGCUCAAGCGUUGGAGAAGACCAUAAGUGCAUCAUUGGAUUCGGCGAAGAAGCGCACGCUGGGCAUGAAGGGUGGUCCCGAAAAGCGGCCGAAGCUCGAGACGCCGGCGGCGGUACGUAUUUCCCCUGCUCCCGCCAUCGCGUCGACGGCGUGGAGGGCGCCGCCGCCGCCAUCGCCGUCGCCGCGGGGCCGCGCCGCGCGAGAGCCAAGCCGUGCUCACGCUACGCCCCCGUCGCAGACCGCGCUCGCGCCGAACGCGCCCAAGCUCGGCUUCUCGCUUGGCGGCGCGCCGGCGCCGCCGCGGGGCUUCAAGCCCGGGCUGGCUACCUCUGCGUUUGGCGCCGAGGAGGCUUCUAAGCCGCGCGUGCUCCAGAAACUCGACGACGACGAGUCCGCGGCGCCAGCGCCCUCUUUAUCUGAUAAUCAAUCAUCCGCGCGCGCGGCCACAGACGAGGAUGCCAAAAAGCGCGACCGCGCCAUCGCCGAGGCCAUCCCGACCGACGCCGACCAGCUCUUCAAGGCCACCGUGGAUUGGGCCGCCGUACGUUCACCGGUGUCCUCUGUAUCAACUUGUAUCAUUGCAACAUAUAGGUGGAGCGCGCGGGCGUCGUCCAGGCCAAGUUACGACCGUGGGUCGCCAAAAAAAUCGCCGAGUAUCUGGGGGAAGAGGAGCCCACACUGAUCAAUUACAUCUGUUCCUGCUUAGGGCGAAGGGCCAAACCAGAAGAAAUCCGCGACGAGCUCGCACUGGUCUUGGACGAAGACGCGCAGACCAUGGUCGUCAAGCUGUGGCGCGUCCUAUUGUUCCACGCGGCGAAGGCGGCGCAGCGCCCCUCUGCGUGAAAAAUAUUUUCGCGGGCGUUUUCUCUUACCCUUUCCGGCGUUCCUUCUGGCAGGUCCCGCGGCGGCGGCGAGCGAUAGCGGUGAUCCGGGCGGCGUUGCGCGCUCGGCUGAAUGUGUUCUUAACCUAAGACUCUCUAGACUAGGUUGCGCGUCGCGUCGCGCCGGUCCGCUCCUAGAGUUAGUCCGUCCGCUCCUAGAAGUGGCGGCGAAAAAGCAGCUGCACCUCGUUCUCUGUACGACGAUGCUAGGAUUAAUCCUG